AUGCAGCUGCAGGCUGGUGGCGAGUGGCCCAACAAAUGCGCAACCUGCCAAUCCUUUUUGCAGUUCCGUAAGCUGGACCAGCCGCAGCUGAUCGCCAGCCUGCGCUCUCUUCAGGAGAAGGUGGACAAGGAUUUGGUGAUUGCCAAAGAGCGCCACCUUGCGCCUCGCAAGUCAGAGUGGGCUUUGGAACAUGCCAAAAAGCUUACACCACUGCCUGCGCCUGAUGCCAAAUCGGAGGGUGCUUCUGUCAAGCAGGAGAGCAGAUGUCCUGCACCGCCGCCUGCGCCUGAUGCCCAAUCAGAGGGCGCUUCUGUCAAGCAGGAGAGCAAGUGUCCUGUCAAGGCAGAGAAACCAGUGAAACUCGAGCCCAAGCAAGACUGUCAGCCAGAUCAGCAGCCUGAGGAUCAACAGAGGAAUGAAGUGGAUGAGAGCAUGGAGUCUAUCAUGGACAAGGCGGCUUUGAUUGCUUUGCGCAACCUGAAGUCUUGCCGAAAAACACGCAUUCCAAACGAUUCCCAGUGCAGUGCCCUCAUUGCAACGGCGCUGUGUUUGAAGGUGUGGCAGCAGUACACGAAGUAUGCCAACUUGAAGCGGGUAGAGGGACCGAGUGGCUUUCCGAGCCACACCAUCACGGCCAUUUGCAACACUGGGGAUUGGAUCAUUCGCUCAGGCAAGUGUGGGGGAGAUGAUGUUCGUCUGGUACACAAGUCUGAUGAGGAUGCAGUGUGUCGGGAAUGUUUCGAUCUUGGCAGCCAUUCGCGCUUUAUCCAAAAGAUCUGUGGAUUUGUGCACAGCCUUGACGAAGCGCAGCUCUUGCAUAAAAAGAUGUUUGCGCCCGAGACUGUGAAUGACUUCAUUAGCUCCUUGCAGCAGCUUCCAAACUACAGCCGUCGAUCCAAGUCACUCUAUGAUGCCUCCUUCAAAAAAGAUGUGAAGGUCCUUCAUCACCGUGUCAUGUGCGUUUGGAAUGGUCGUGUUGGGCAGCCCAUGACCGAGGCUCUGAAUUUGUUUCGUGCGCAAGUUGUCCAACCUUGCUUGGACACCGAACCGGGACACCCGAUUCCGCACAAAUGCCUGGAUAGACUUCUCCAGUUCUUGACGAAUGAUCCCCAGGCCAACUCUUUCGAUGUGUCCUUGGUCAGGAGUAUUGUCACAGGGCAGUUGUCGCGACACCCAGCUAUGCAAGGAGUUUUGGUUGCAUGCAUGACCAAACUGCAGAAUGAGGAAGAGGGCAAGAAGGCAAUGAGGAAUUCAAAGCGCAGCUUUGCCAACCACGUUUAA